GUGACUUGCUCUAACGAGCCCGCAGUACUGCGCCGCCUUACGUUUCCAAAGAUAGCUGACGUUUCUUAUCAAGCUUUACACUCAAAGUUGUCUCAAAUUCACAAGACCAAUACCUUCAAAAUUCGUUAUACGGAUGAGGACGAAGACGCAAUUACUAUUGAUAAUGACCAUGACUUGCGAGAAGCCAUAGAACAUAAUAGGUCCCUUUCUAAGGACAGUCCUCGUCUUGUUAUCUGGUUGACUUUGGAAGAACCAAAACCUUCCCUUAUCAAUAAGGAACUUCCUAGUCUACCUGAUCAUAGCUCUUCCGAUACUGAUCCAGACAAAGUACCAACCUCCAACGAGUCAAAUGCAAGCUACAAUGAUUUCCAUGAAUAUCUGUUCGAAAGUGUACUAAAUCCGGGAAUCAAAAAUUUACAAGACAUAGUACAGAACAUUGUUACUCAAGUUAGCAAUACUUUUGAAAAAGAGUUUGUAAGGGAUUCAUUAGAUCUAAAUUUGAAAAGAUCCACGCAAUUCCAAUCUUCAAAUACUGUUGAGUCUACUCAUGUUACAAAUGAUGCUACCAACUCAUCAAAUUCAUCAAAGACUAGUGAAACUCGUCAUGUACAAACACAAGAGUCACGGGCUUCUUCAGCUGAUUUCGUUGUUCAUGAUGAUGUUAUUAUGUGUGACUGUUGUAAGGCAAUAAUUCGUGGCACGCGCUGGAAGUGCAAUAACUGUUCAAACUAUGAUCUCUGUCAAACUUGCAAAAACCAAUCUCCAAGUGUACAUGAACAUCAAUCUUUUACAUCUAUCUCAUAUCCUGUAAGAAAUCGACAUCAUCGUCAUCAUCGUUCAUCCGCAAAUCUUAGUAGAGUCGGGACCAACUAUCACUCUGCCACUUGUGACUAUUGUGAGUCUGUAAUCAUAGGUAUUCGCCAUAAAUGCAUCAAUUGUCCAGAUUUUGAUUUAUGCAACAACUGCAUUGCUGGUGAUCCUGAAAUUAAGAUUACAGAUUCUGCGUUCCACCCUGGAAUUAGAUGUGACGGUUGUAGGAAAGCUAUCAAUGGUGUUAGAUAUAAGUGUGGCAAUUGUCUUGACUUUGAUUUGUGUGGAAAUUGUGAAGCGAAUCCCAUCAGCAAGCAUGAUGAAAAUCAUGUUUUCAUAAAGAUCAAAAACCCCGUGUCACAAAGACUUCGAACCGAUAAACCAUUAUUGCAUGAUUUUUAUUCAAAAGUUGAACAAAAAACCGGUCGUUUUAAAGAUUGUAAACAGUCUUCUCAAUCAAAUAAUGUUCAUAAAGAGAUGGAAUCUGUACCGAGACAAACUUCUUUGGUCAAUUCUAACUCUGAUGCUUCGAGCUCAAAUCCUUUCAUUCCUUUAAUCAGACCAAUUAAUAGUGAAGAUUCUACUAGUGAAAAGGUAAUCAGCCGUGCUCCAGUCGAUUUAUAUAAUUAUACUCUAGGGGCUAAACCAAUUGCUUCAUCAUCGUCACCCGAAAAGCUUGAAAAAGAAACAAUUCAAACUCAUACUACUCAAGUCACUCCCUCUUCACCUUUAUCAAAUGUAACAACCAUUAUCUCUCAAGAUGAAGUUUGCGAUGUUCCAUUCAAGAUUUCCGUAGAAACCCUCACUGAAAAAAGGCCAAGUGCUAAAUUUAUUAGUGAUGCUAACUUUCCUGAUGGCACUUUUUUGGCCCCUCAGGCUCAAUUCCGUAAGAUGUGGAUCAUGUCUAAUGAUGGUGACGUUGCUUGGCCUGAAAAUACUACGUUACGAUUCGUUGGUGGCCAACGCAUGUUUAAUGAUGCAUUGCGAUCUGAUCAAAAAGAUGAUUUUGGUUCCGUUGUUGGUUCAUUAGAACCUGGCAAAAGCGUUUAUGUAUCUGUAGACCUUCAAGCUCCUACUGAGCCUGGAAAAUACACCUC